AUGAUAUCAGUUUUACUGUGGACUUUGUGUUUGCAUGUUUAUAAUGUACAAAGGGUAGAAACAGUUAGGAUAUUCAAAAAUUUAAUAGCAACUGAACAGAAAUCGUAUACAAGAUUCCAAGCAACUGUUGCUUCUAAGACUUGCAUGCUGAUACCUGACAAUGGUCCAUGUCGUAGCAGAAUAAAGAUGUGGUAUUUCAAUCCUGAUGCGAAAGAGUGUUCAGAGUUCGAAUGGGGAGGCUGUCAAGGAAAUGGUAACAGGUUCGAAACGAAGGAAGAAUGUUGGAAUUUUUGCAUGAGUAAGCCUGGAAAACGUCGUCCAAGAUAUUGCAGCCUGGCUUUUGAUUAUGGUUUCUGUUUUGGAGCAUCAGAGAGGUUCUAUUACGAUUCUAGAUGGAAAGUCUGUAAGUCUGGCCUCUAUUCUGGUUGUGGUGGAAAUAAGAAUAACUUCUACAGUAGGGAACAGUGUGACCAAAUAUGUCGCUACGGGAAUAUGGCAGCGAUUCAGAAAACAUCAACAACUGGUGGUGGUAAGAAGGUUAUCAUCAUAAAUCCAGUGAUUACGAAUCCACCACGAAGCGCCCAACAAACUGAUGUCAAUGCAACUACGGUAGAAUCAAAAAAUACUGUAUAG